AUGGCGCCGGAUACCGACCAGCACGGCAGCCCCUUCUCUCGUCCUUUCACCUCCGGAUCAGAGAAGGGCUCGACACAGAUCGCUGGCUGCUGCGCCGCCGGACCAAUCGCCGGCAAGCAAAUCCCUCCGCCGUCCGCCACUGCAUCGCAGGACAGCAGGUCAGCAAUGGCUAGCAACUCAAAUGUGGGCAGCGCUGCUGGAGGUGGAGGACAAAGUGCAAGAAAUUGGAGCAUGUAUGGUCUCAUACAUAGUAUAACAAGAAACAGGCUGAACCCUGGACGUGCUGACGAUCUUGUCUAUGUGCAUCAAAAAUUGCGUCUUAUUUCAAAGAGAUCUGCAAAUUCAAUUGGAAAAAAGAGGGCUGCACCGUUGCAAUUGACAAGCUUUUUUUGGCAAACAACUAUAUCACGAAACGUAUCUCCGUAUCCGCGCCGGUACAGGAUGUCAAGGGACCUGUUCUGGGUCAUUCUACGGGGCGUCAGAAACUACGACCCCUACUUCCAAUGCAGGCCCGAUGCAACAGGUGCGAUAGGCUUCACCUCCUACCAAAAAUGCUCCGCGGCUAUUUGCAUGCUCUCAUAUGGAAUGGCUGCGGAUAUAUUCGAUGAGUAUCUUCGAAUGGGUGAGAGCACCUGCCUUGAGACCAUGUACAGGUUUUACCGAGCCGUGAUUGACGUGUUCGGAGAGUAUUACUGUAGGGAGCCAACUGUUGAGGAUACAAGGCGGCUCCUGUGUAUCAACGAGUCUAGAGGGUUCCCAGGAAUGAUUGGCAUCAUAGAUUGCAUGCACUAGGAGUGGAAAAACUAUCCAUUUGGAUGGCAGGGUGCGUACAGCGGGCAUGAGGAGGAAAAAACUGUCAUUCUUGAAGCUGUCAUAUCUCAAGAUUUAUGGAUUUGGCAUUCGUUAUUUGGCAUGGCCGGUUCCAACAAUGACAUCAAUGUGUUGCACCGAUCACCGGUUUUUAACCGGCUCAUGCAAGGCAAAGCUCCCCGGGUGAGCUAUGAGAUCAAUGGAAAUGCAUAUGACAAGCCAUACUAUAUUGCUGAUGGCAUGUACCCUGACUGGGCCACAUUGGUGAAGACUGUCCGUAAUCCAAACUCCGAGAAGACGAGGAGGUUUGCCAAUAUGCAAGGGGCUUACGGGAAAGAUGUGGAGCGCGGAUUUGGUGUACUCCAAGCUCGGUGGACAAUUGUCCGUCACCUGGCAAGAACAUGGUCGCUGAAGAUCAUGCAUGAGGUGAUGACAUGCUGCGUGGUCAUGCACAACAUGCGUUGAGAACGAGCGUCCUGAUGGCCGCAAUGAGAACCACUGGGAAUUUCAAGGUGAGCUAGUGGCACCACUUCCUCGAGCUUCAACUUGGCAGGACUAUCUACAUAUGAAUGUAGACGGAUCUAAUUGAGCAUCAGUGGACAUUGACUGGCCAUGAAGAUCAUGCCUAGAGAAAUACUAUCUUAUUUUCAUGUAGACUUUUAAAAUUUAAAUGUAAUAAGUAUGACUUUGUUGAAUUCCUGAUUUUUUGUGUGGAAACUUCAUAAUUGAUGCAAUAGCGGAAAUGUGUCUGGUCGCUGAAACGGUCUAUCUCGCGUCCGCCGCGCGACACAAACGGACAUUUCGGACGUCCAAAAUGCGUCGCGCCGCUGGAGAUGCCCUUAGCUGAAACACACACAUGUCUCAUAUUUGUUACGGUUGUGAUUUAAAAUUUAGUUAUAAAUUUAAAUCUAACUAAAAAUAUAAUUUUGAUGAUGUGGCUUAAGGUGAUGGCUCUAUUAAAUCCGUAUAUUGCUUUUUAGUGUAUAAAAUUAGUUGUCUAACUCAACACAAAUUCUAACCACACCCCUCCUUGUAGAGUUGUAGUAAGAACAUCUCCACUUGUUGGUGCCCCAGGUCGAAAUUUCGGCGCUAUUUUGUGUCGGACUAGAGGCAGGUUUGGCCUGGGGGCACCGAGCUUCCAGCCACGCACCCAGGUUGGUCCCUAGCCGGCGAAUUCUGGGCUGGAUCUGGGAGAAACGACACAUAUUUUGGCAGGUUUUGGGCCAAAUGUAACACAUAGUUCUGCAUACAAAGUAAUACAAAGCAAAUAGUUUAACUAGAAAAAAACGGUGGCUAGGAUUUAACAAUGAUCGAUCUCAGCUUCGCCCUUAUGUAGGAGGCGAAGCCGAGACUUUUCGUGAUGUACAAGUAUACAAACAUCGGGUCGCCUUGGGCCUUUCCACAUAUUGCUACAAGUUUUCCUAUAUUGACUCUACUCCCUUGGACCGCAUAUCUUCGGCUUCAUGUGCCUCCAAACCUUCGGGUUCGUAGGCCUUCAACUCCUAAGAUACCUGAAAAUAUAAACCAUGGGUAUACACGUGACAUGCCCAUUAGGUAUACCCAUGUCAGUAGCCCCCGAGAUUUUAUUCGAAACGUAAAAUCGGGUAAAAUCUCCAUCCUUCAUCUCUUUUGCAAAUACUUUGAGUUCAUGAAUACGCUAUUUUUAUUCGACAUCUAUCUUGUACAUGGAUAUUGGUAAAUGUGGCUGGUUCAUCUGACAGAUCAGAUACCCGUUAACUGCUCUUGUCACAAAUCCGCAUAAACCAACUUCAAGUUCGAGUUCCUAGGACUCGAACCUGGGAUACUUGCGUAAUUCAGGACGUGCCGCUUUAGGACUUAUCGAAAACUGAAUUCCAGCUAAGUUAUCGGGUACCCAACACAUCCGCUAGGAUUUUCUUCACAUCUGUUCAUGUGGAUAAAGUGGGAGAGCGCAUUCGGGUGCGAUGACACGCCACACGGGGCGGAUCCUGGGGUCUUACCUUCGUGACCCUUUUACAAGUCACGACAUUUAGUUUUUACCGCAAUGGACGCGCUUUGAGAGUAUAUUGUCGAGUGCCUUUGUACGGCUGAUGGAAUGCUCCAUUUCUCCGGGUUGCACCAUAUCUUCGGGUUACUAUAUUUUAUUGAGUAAAUCUUGAUGCUUCCGACAUGACGAGUUUAUAAAACUCGAAGAUGUCUACCCACUACCGAAAUUCUUCGGGUUCAUCUAUAUUGACUUGUUGUAUUGCACUUUCUAUAUUGAUAAAUUUCUUCGGGUGCGCGACCAGCGCUCCCGAUUGGAGUAGCCCCCGAGGAUACAGCCAAGUGUUUGCACUUGGGUGUAGGCUCAACUUUCUUUUAAUCAACUCCAUAUUUUCCACUAUCUUGCAUCUUAUCGGGAGCAUGAACAAUGCUCUCGAUAAGGGUAGGCCCCGAGCCUAUGAUCGGAUGCUUGCAGCUGGACAUAGGUUCCAAAAUUCAUGUCGCGCAUCCUAUAUCGUCUCGUCGACUCGAAGAUUUUCUUGCCCCCUGACGUCAGUGCUAACAAAGAUGGUGUGCUGUCGACUCUUUUGACUGUGACUGUCAGUGGACCACAGUCUGUAGGUCCAGUAUAAAUGCCCUUCCCCCAUGAUGCACUUAGUGGGGUUCUCACGUCCUUCGAAGCGCCCGGCACGCGCGCAGUAACUCCGUAACUUCCAUGUGGAACUUUAAAAAUAUAUUUACUUUUAUGCCACGUGUAGGGUUAGGAUUAUCUCUUCUCCAUUGAACGGCCGAUCUGCUUCGCCUUCCAGGUUAAAAGGUAAUCCGUGUGCCUCACGUUUCCCCCCUUCUCACUCCGCCGCACAAAGUCGUCACAUCACCAUUACCAUCGCACUCUGCUCCUUGCUCCUGCUUCGUACCCUAGCUCUUCCUCCGCCACCAUGGUUAGAUCAAAGCGUGUCAAGAGCACCACCGCCGACACCGCAGGCGCUGAGCGGGUGGAAAAGAAGAAAGUGUCCGGAUGGGAUAGAUCGAAAACAGGGGCUGCUCACUGAUGAAGAGAAGAUGAAGGCUCUCGGGGACGAAGUGACCCCUAAUCCGCCUGAAGGAUAUCGGUAAUUUUCACUGAUUUCCUCCUUCGUGGCCUCUCCAUGCAUGUUCAUGAGUUUCUUCGGGGACUCCUUUUCGUUACGGGAUUCACCUGUUCCAGCUGACUCCCAAUUUCAUCCUCCAUAUCUCCAUUUUCAUCACUCUUUGCGAAUGCUUCCUCGGCAUCCACCCCCAUUGGGGCUUGUGGAAACGCAUCUUCUGUCUCUGGCGCAGCAACUCGAGGGAUGCCAUCUAUGACAUAGGUGGUGUCUGCAUCUGCAUUUGGCCUAAAGCCGACUAUUUAGAUCUGAAAUUUGCCGAGUCGGUCAAAGGCUGGCACAAGAAGUGGCUCUAUGUGAAGGAUGAAACAACUGGCAACUAGCAAUAUGGCCUCGCUCCUUUUGACAUGUCGCAGGAAAUCCUAAGGCGUCAGUCUUGGGAUGCCGAAGCUACUUUGGAAGAAAUUGCAGCUACUGAACAUCUGAUGGAGCAGAUUAAGAAGUUGCAUAAUAGCCGAGGAAAAGAGUUGUCGGGUGUGCAGAUACUAGUACAUUUCAUACAGAUUCGUGUACAACGUAUCCAAGGUUGGUCGGGUCCUCUAUGGCUUUACUCUGGCGUUGGUGAGGCUGCAAGGAUAUCCGAGGAUCUUCCUGUCGAGGAUUUGGAGAAAUUAGUACGCCACUUUACUUCGGUUAGUAAGAAAGAUCAAGUGCCCGCAUCUUGCCGCGUGAAGCCAUUCAGUGGUGCACACACCCUUCCAGCUGUAAGUUCCCUUCUCAAAAUUUUACACAUUUUCUGCCUAACUUACCUUUCACAAUUUAACUCGCAACAAAUUUGUGUAGAAACACAAGUCGAUCUUCUCCCUUCCGCAUGUUCCCAAAAAUGGGGGAGUGCCCGAACGUACAGUUGUUGUCGAUGAUUCCCAGGAGGCUUCGCUUCGCGAGAGUGAACCCGCGGAAUCUGAUGAAAAAAGUGUGAAUUCAUCAGCUCAUAACUCUAACACUUCCCGAACACACUCUCCUCCAGCUUCUGUGACUUCCCCAGAUAAUAGAAAAAGAAAGAGGCAGACUAAGAAAGAGGAUGAAAGUUGGGAGAUGGUAAACCUAGAGGGGGUGAAUAGGUAUCUACAAAUUUUAAUUCUUUCUUUGCAAUAUUAGGCUUUGCGGAAUAUAAAGGUGAGCCUAAUGCAAACUGGGUGAGGCAACAUAUAUGAUGAUACAAGUAACUCAAACACGAAGGCUCUCACAGGCAAUUAUAUCACAAGUAAGGAGUUCGGUUAGAGAUAACCGAUAGUGCGCGGAGACGAGGUUUGUUUCCUGUGUUCCCUUCCUUUGCAACAAGGUACGCCACGUUUGGAGGGGUGGAGGUCCUACGAAGGAUUCCCUAACGCCACAAAGGCUCACCCUAUUCUCCGGAGCCUAUCCCACGAAGGAAUAGCUCACUCACUUGUGGUAGACUUUGAGGUAGCCUCCAAACCUUCACAAUCUUGUCAGGGGAAAAUCCACAGCCCGGAUGCUUCCGGA